AUGCGACCGGCGCAGGCGAACGAAACAAGCGACCGCGGGAUGAAGCUCAUCACCAUCGCCCUCCUCACCCCAACACUGCUCCGCCCCCAGGUGCCGCCCCCGCCCCCGCCCCCGCCCCCCGCCCCCGCCCCCGCCCCUACUGCCGAGGCGCCGCGGCCCGUGCGCGCAACCGAACGCUCAGUCCACAACUAUAAUGUCUCAGUCCCUAAGGCAAACCCUAUAAUCCCCCGAAGCAGCUUUCCUGGCGCGGCCUUUGGGUCCGGGCGCAGCGGCCUUCCUCUAGGGACUCGCUGCUUCGCUAUUAACAGCAGCACCGAUGACAACAACAGCAGCAGAAGCUUAAGGCCUACACAGAAGCACAAGAGCCACAUAUCUUGCCAAGGGCGGAGUGACUCAAGGCUCUCCGGCGGCCGGGGACGCCUCGAGUCAGGUCAAACGGGAGGAAUUGGUGUCACUGUGCCAGUUGGUGCCACUGUGCCGGCUGCUGUAAAUGAGCCAAACAAUAUCAAUGUACCAACUGGUGUCACUCUGCCUAUGCCUCGUGACUCCUCCAGAGGCCGCCAGCCCCGCCGGCAGCCCCGCCUGGAGAGGCCCCAAGCCUUUGGCAAGUCCAUCCAGCCGCAGAUUUGGCCCAAAAUACCCAUAAACAAGCACCACCACCUUCGAGAAUAA